AUGUUAUCAGAUUCUAGUAAUCUUUCAAUAUCAGUAUGGUGCAUGAAUGGAAUAUUAUGUGAUGUUGUUCUUGAAAUGGGUUACGAUUUUACAUCAUCGAUUGAACAUUGUCGAAAUACAUUAGCUCGUUUUGGUUUACAAGAAUUCAAACCAUCAACUAUUGGAUGCAUACUUUCAGGUAUGAUUAAAGCCCAUUCAGGCCUUAAUGAAAAUACAUCGAUUUAUGUAAAUAACACAAAGAAUAUUUAG